GCAUUUAACCCAACCCCUCUGAAUCAGAGUACAGUGGCAAAUUGGCAAGAGACACACCAAAACCUUCUUGCCCUUCCAUGAGAAGUKAAUUUAGAGAGUCGGAGAGAUAUGGCCUCACCAAAGACAGUUUGGUACUUUAGUGUCCUCUUGGUAUUUUGCUGUAGUCUGGAAAAACAAGAUUGCUUGGAAACUCCAAAUGUAACAUCAGAGGAAUCACCCACUGAUGGAUCACAAGUUCCUUCUAGAGAAAAGCGAGAGGUGACAGCAACAUUCUAUGAGAAAGUUGGUGAAGUUCAGGUGGACGUCUAUGAUAUUCCACUUGAAAUCUUACAAUACCUAAAGUCCCGUGUGAAAGAUUUAACCUACCCCAUCCUGAUCUCCAGUGUGUUAAAUGUAACAGACAUAAACAUUACUACUGAAUGCUCCUCAGACCCAAGUGGAAUCAGGUGCAGAUGUGAGGACCAGUAUAGUUGGUCAUGUGACCAGUGUUCCUCCAAUGGGUCCUGUGAUGAGAUCGUUGAUGGGAAAAUAUGUGGAUGUCUCAAUGACUAUCCUUCUGAUGGAAAGUUCUGUCAGCCAAUCACAAAUCUGACGGCCUGUACAACACCAUCUCCAACACCAGCAAAAAAUUCCACAGAAAGAUCAACAACUACAAUGACACCCUUCAGUACUACAUCAACAAAAAAUUCCACAGAAAGAUCAACAACUACAAUGACACCCURCAGUACUACAUCAAUACCAACAACAAAAGAGUCAACAGCAAGUACAGCAACUCCAACGACGCCCUCCGAAAACACACUGAACCUACAAUUUACUAUGGCUAUCACAUUUGAGUCUAACUUCAAUGAUGAAAAUAAUGCAAUGUUCAAAGAUAUUGAUCAAAAUAUCAAAGUCAUAUAUAAGAGAAACAUGCAAGGAUUCAUAUCAGCAAAGUUAAACAGUUUUAAGAGUGGAAGUGUUAUUGCAGAUUUUACUGUUAUGACAACAAUUGUCAAUAAUGGGGAAAUUGCAAAAGCAAAACAGGAUAUUGUCUCAGCACUUGGAGAAAAAUACAAAAUAGGCUUUCUCUGCGUGAAUGAUCCGAUCUUUGGCAAUGGACAACUUAAUGAGAAAGUUGUAGUAUACUGCAAAUCGGAUGAAGUGGGUCAAAAGACUGCCAUUUGUCAAAAAAAUGGCUCGUUUUCAGAUCGGGUGGACAACUGUGUCUUAAAAGAAAUUGAAAACCUGUUUUCUUUAUCUCAAGCUUUAGUGGGGACUGAUCUUCCAGUCUUUUUGGAAAGACUCCGCAACAGCACUUUUAACCUCCWAGGUAGAAUAGUUGCAUCACCUGCAACUAUUUCUACUAUUGUUAAUAUUCUAACAAAUGUUGCAAAUGUGUCCCGAAGUACCCCAAUAAACAAACCAUUGAUGAAGAAUUUCCUGGACACGGCAAGUGUACUUACUUCCAAUGAAGCAAAAACCUCCUGGGGUGAUCUAAACAAAAACCUCAUGAAAAARGAAAGCUCAGCCUUUCUGGGAACCAUUGAAACAAUUUCCAAUUUCCUUACCGAUGACUUUUUUGACAUAGAAACGCAAGGCAUUAAUUUAAACAAAACCACAGUCAACAACUCAGUCAACAACUUAUUCAAUUUAAACUCGUCUGURCUGAUAGACAUACCAGCAUCUGAAGCUUCCUUCAAUUCAAUCACCAUAAUAACAUUUGACUCCUUGUAUAAUGUUUUACCUGCCAGAAACAGCAGCAGUCGGAACAACAGUGUCAACACCAUCAACGGAAAAGUGGUUCUGGUGAAGGUGAAUGGCACAAUCAAGAAUGUGACUUUCCGUUUUGACGUACUGAACAAGACACUGGCCAAUCCUCAGUGUGUUUUCUGGAACUUCAACCUUUUUGACGGCCUUGGAGGAUGGGAUGAUAAAGGAUGUYAACUGCAGUCUGAUAAGAAUGGCACUGUCACCUGUCACUGUAAUCAUCUCACCUCCUUCUCCAUUUUGAUGUCGCCUUUCAUUCCACCUGUGUUAAGAGUCGCUUUGGAUUUUAUCACUUACAUUGGAGUUGGCAUAUCAAUGGGUUGCUUGGUUGUGUGUCUCAUCAUUGAGAUGUUGGUAUGGAAGGCUGUGACUGGAAACAACACAUCUUACAUGCGUCAUGUCUCUGUAGUGAACAUCGCCUUUUCCCUUCUGAUUGCUGACAUUUGGUUCAUUAUUGGUGCAGCAAUUUCCGACAAUGAAAAAAAAGAUCUACCUGCGUGUUCCACAGCAACAUUUUUCAUCCACUUUUUCUACCUGGCUCUGUUUUUCUGGAUGUUGGUCUCAGGCCUUUUGCUGCUCUACCGGACUGUCAUGGUUUUCUCUCACAUGUCUAAACCAGCAAUGUUGGCCAUCAGUUUUUCUUUGGGCUAUGGAGCUCCCCUCAUCAUUGCUGUCAUAACUAUCGCAGUGACAGCCCCAGGGAAACAAUACAUUAGAGGGAAUGAUGGGGUUUGCUGGCUCAACUGGACAGAGUCAAUGGCCCUUCUGGCUUUUGUGAUCCCUGCCCUGACCAUAGUGGUCAUCAACCUUUUGAUCUUGAUUGUGGUUCUGUUCAAAAUGCUGAGGAGAGGUGUGGGGGAUGUUACCCAGCCAGAUGAGAGAAAUGCUUUGGUGGUCAUCGCCAGGUGUCUGGCCAUUCUGACUCCCUUCUUUGGUACUACCUGGGGACUAGGAGUAGGAACCAUGACUAKASCAAACAAUCUAGGAAUCCAUAUUGUGUUUGCGAUCUUCAAUUCCUUACAGGGUUUGUUCAUCUUGGUAUUUGGAACACUUUUGGACAAAAAGAUCCGGGAAGCUCUGACAGGAAGGUCACACGUGUCCUCCAACCGCACAAGGACCACAAGUGCUGCAACAUCAUCGUCAAGUGGUUUGGGAUUUUUCCGGAUACGGAYGAGAAAUGUUUUCAACGUUUCAGCAGCUCCAACAUCCAGCACUACUGGUGCAUCAGAGACUUUCAUCAACACUUAACUCAAUGCAACAAAUGUGAUUAUUAUGAAAUAACCUGACAAUCAAAAGGUGUUGACACACAUCAUCAGUUGACGCACUAGGUUACAGUAGCUAACACCUUGAAUGUGACCUUGAAGUGACUGCCACUAAGAUCUGACCCCAGCUCACAGUGACAUCAUUAGGGGUUAUGUCUAACACAAAGCGAUUCAUUCUGAACUAUAUGGUAUUUGAACUUUUUAAUCGGGAUUGUUGAGUAUUAUAUUGAAAAACAUGAUUAUUGUUUGUUUGGGUGUGGGGGUGUUUAAAUAAGAGUAUUACUGUGUAAAUGGAUUAAUCAGCUAACAUGAAGAAUGGAGAUUGUUUCUGAAAUAACACAUUACAUUCUCUCUUUGAAUAAUUCA